AUGGGGAAGAAGGUGUAUCAUGCUUCACAUUUCUUGCAUACGUUGAAGAAGAGGUCGAAUAAGAGGUAUAGGAAGUUGGUUCCCCGAAUUGCUGACGAUAAUUAUAGGAUAAAAUCACAUGAAAGACUACACGGGAAGCUGUUUAAAUAUUGGAAGAGCAGGCACAGUCUAUUUUCUAAAAUUGAUUCGAAUCAGAUAUAUAUGACUGAAGAGUUAUGGUACAGCGUUACACCGGAGGUUUUAGCCAAGUUUCUUGCUAAAUUUAUCAAAGCAUGUCUUCCAGAGGCUAAUUCGAUACUGGAUGUGUUUUGUGGUGGUGGAGGUAAUACUAUCCAGUUUGCCAUGGAAUUCCCACGUGCCUAUGGCGUGGACUCACGCAUGGAUCACCUUUAUUGCACGGCGCAGAAUGCUAAGGUGUAUGGAGUUGAUGAUAGAAUAUGGCUAAAAUAUGGUACAUGGGAUAAGAUUUCUAAAUCUGGUCUUUUCGAGAAGAUGAAAGUAGAUUGUGUAUUUGCGUCUCCUCCAUGGGGUGGACCUGAAUACUCGAAACAGAAUGUCUACGAUUUGGAGUCGAGUCUACAACCCGUGGGGGUUACCGAAUUGUUGAAGAGUUUCUUCAAGAUAUCUUCGAAUGUCCUGCUUUUUCUUCCCAGGAAUUCAGACUUGCAUCAAAUAGCUAGAACAACUAGGAAACUUUUGGGCCCAACUGCCAAAUGUAGGGUUUUGUACGUCAAGGAUAACGGAUAUUUAAAGGGGAUUGUCUGUAUGUGGGGGGUGGCCUUCACUAAUUAUCAGGAGGAUACGACCCUAGUUGAAUUGAAUGAGGUCGGUAACCAUACAGAUAAUGAAAGCAGUGAACAAGAAGAAGAUAAAGAAGUGUCCAGUUCGGAAAAACAGUAUUUCUCUUAUGAUAUUGACGGUUAA